UUCGAUUAGAUUACAUCAUGGGCUCGGAAAUGGACACAUUCGCGGCCCGCCUGGCCAGCUUCGAUGUUGUACUCAAGCCCGAGAAGCGAAGAUCUUCGGGCGUCAAAGGCCCCAGAUUCAUCGCAUGGCCUCAUUCAAAGCCUUCCCCUGCAGAGUUGGCGCAAGCAGGCUUCUUCUAUAAACCCUACGAAAGCAACCCCGAUAACACAACAUGUUUCGAGUGCGGUCGCGCAUUGGAUGGAUGGGAGGAGGAAGAUAACCCGAUAACGGAGCACCUCAAGCACUCUCCGGACUGUGGAUGGGCGAUUACUAUGGAUAUUCAACAGAACAGCUCCAAUCCCUCAGCUAUUGAGGAUCCGACCAGCGAGCGUAUCACCCAGGCACGGUUGGCGACAUUUGGCUCGGCGUGGCCCCAUGAUGAGAAACGGGGCUGGGUCUGCCAAUCGGAAAAGAUGGUCGAAGGUGGAUGGUAUUUCUGCCCGACGGAAGAGAGUAAUGAUUUGGCUACUUGUGCCUACUGCAAGCUCUCCCUGGAUGGUUGGGAACCCAAAGAUGAUCCAUUCGAGGAACACUAUCGUCGCGCACCAGAAUGCUCCUUCUUCGUAUUUGCGCAACCCUCCGGAAAGAAAGGCAAAGGAUCUAAAUCAAAAAAGCCACGCGUUUCCAAGACAUCUUCUCGCCUCUCGACCCAAUCAGUCGGCACCACCACAUCCGAAGCCCCAGAGGACCUUGAUGAAUCAAUGGACCAGAGCAUCAUGUCACAGGCCAGUGUGAAGCCGAAAGCCACAAAGAAGGGAGCGAAGGGCAAGGGCAAAUCCACCAAGACCAAGAAAGAGGAAGUUGAAGCCGAGAGCCAAAUGGAGCUGGAUAGUAUUGAACAAGUGCAGCCGGAGCCAGAAGCCCCCAAGACCAAACGUGCAGGCCGAGGAAAGAAGAGGAUCAGCGAAGAAAUGGUACGGGAUGAAUCUGAAUCGGCUGAGCCUGGGCAGUCGUCGAUCGAGCCACCGUCCAAGCGCCGCAACACAAGGACCCGAAGCAGCAGUAGCGUAUCUCAAACCUACCACCACGAACACGAUUACGAGAUGCCAGAUGCGGCGCCUGCAGAUGAAGUACCCGAAGAAGAGCACAAGAAGGGCCGCAAGGGAUCGAAGAAGGGCACUAGCAAGAGCCGCAAGGCUUCUGAUGCCUCAGCCGCGUCGAAGUCUACUUCCAAAUCCCGUCUACCCCGUGACUCAGAGCUAGAUGCUGCUAUCGAGGCAGGUCUUGAGACGGAUGCACCGGAGCAGGUCGAGUCUGAACCCCCGGUGGAGCCAGAACCCGAGCCGGAGCCCGAAGUCGAGCCCGCCCCUCGUGCUUCGAAGAAAGCCAAAACGAGCAAGAAAACCAAGGCCGCCAAGGCGGCUGAGCAACAAGCACAGGAGUUGGAAGAUCCCAUGAACUACGAGGAGCAGCCUGCGAAAGAACCAGAGGCCAUUGACGAACCCGAUGUGGAUGCGAUGGAGAUGACCGAGGUGCAAGUUGAAGCGGCUCCCAAGGCCAAGGCCGCCAAGGGUUCUAAGAAGAAGGGAACUAAGAAGAGUAAGAAAGAAGACAGCAAGUCAAAGGCCUCGGCAUCGCGAGAGUCUUCUCAAAACAAACCCAUACCUGAUGACCAACCUGUGGAUGAGCAUCAUGAAUCAUUCGUAUCGGUCGAAAUCGUCAAUCAACAGCCUGAGCCGGAGUCGGAGUAUCAGCCUGAAUUUCAGGCUGAGCCCGAAUCGAAGCCACAACAGGACCCAGAAGUGAAGACUCCUGAGAAGCCUGUGACAAAAAAAUCAUCGAAGAAGGAAGACAAGGCAAAGAAAUCCAAAAAGACUAAGAAGAAAGAGCCAUCUCCAUCCCCUGAGCCGGAGCCCGUUGCCGAGCCUGAACCUGUGUCUCCAUCUGCAGAUGAAGAAUGGGGAACACCGGAUGAUUUACCAGAUCAAGUUGAGAUGGUUGCACCCGAAGAACUUUCCCCAGAACCUUCCCCAGAGCCGCAGAUAAAACAGCGGACGCCUGUACCUCCCAAGACGGUCAAACGGUUCAGCGAUAUUCCCCAGGAGGAGCAUCUUACCGAGUCUAUUACGAAACCACAAGUGUCCCGAGGCAGUAUGCAGAGGGCAUCUCGAGGAUCUAAGCGAUCUGUUUCACCCCUCCCACCAGCCCGCCAGCACACACCAUCAAUGUCCCCACAAUCCUCUGAUGCCGAGAACCGGCCCCCAUCAUCUCGACCCUCGACAUCCCGCCCAGCUGUCCCAGCAGUGGAACCGCAGGAUCGGACUCCGCGGGCAGCAGCCACCCCAUCACCAUCUAAGCGCAAUUUCAACGGUGGUUUCGCGGCUUCGGGUCAUCCUUGGACCCCGGUGGACAUUGAUGAAGCCCUAUUUGGAGAGGCUAGUGACAAGGAGAAUGCCGAUCUUUCUGGACUUUUCAGUGGCAUGAAGCGAGGACUGACUAGUCCAGAGAAGAAAAUGUCCGUGGAAGAAUGGAUCAUGUGGAAUGCAAAGAACGGCGAGGAGCGGCUCAAGCGUGAAUGCGAGCGGCUCGUCGGUCAGUUUGAGAAAGAGGGUAGUCGAGGCAUGCAGCGACUCGAGGCCAUCGAGUGUAUUGAUUAA